CGUGGUGUUUUUUAGACGGAGCAGAUCAAGAAGGAGGACAGAGGAGAGCGCGUGAACUCCACAACCUUGCCUUAAAACUUCGACAAACUCUCAUUGUUAGCCUUUAAAGGACUCAAAACACCUGCUUUCUCAAAAGAUACUUAUCAUCAUCUGCCAUGGCUGUGGAAGGGGGAAUGAAAUGCGUGAAGUAUCUACUUUUCUUUUUCAACUUUAUUUUCUGGAUAUGUGGACUUGCACUGAUUGUCGUGGGAGUCCUCGUUCAGGUUUCUCUACACAAAUCCUUCCUGAUCCGUGACGCCUCAGCCUCUGCAGCUCCCAUUUUCAUCAUUGCAGUGGGUGUCGUGAUUUUCUUCAUUGCAUUCUUCAGCUGUUGUGGAGCCUGGAAAGAAAAUCACUGCAUGGUCACCACGUUCGCAGUCCUCCUCACAUUGAUCAUUCUUGCUGAGAUUGCUGCAGCAAUUCUUGGAUAUGUCUACAGAAACAAGCUCUCAGUCGUCGUCCAGGACAGUCUUACGGAAAUGAUCAGCAACUACAAAAAUUCCUCAGCAGAAUUCAAGAAAACUGUGGAUGACCUACAGGAAGUCUGGAAGUGCUGUGGUGUGAAUAACGCUAGUGACUGGAAGAACUAUGGGGAAGAUAAGGUGACGGUUCCCGACUCUUGCUGCAAGAACGUCACUGUAGGCUGUGGAAAAGGAACCAUGACAGAUGCCAACAAAGUGUACCAAAAGGGUUGCCAUGAUGCUUUGGAGACCUUCCUGAAGGAAAACAUUCAGUGGGUGAUAGUUGCAGCUCUGGUCAUUGCUGUCCUGCAGAUUAUGGGCAUCGUGUUCUCUUGCUUGUUGAUGAGAGGCAUCCGGAGUGGCUAUGAAGUCAUGUGAUUCGUUUAUAAAUAUUUGUUGGGUGGUCAGGUUCUAAUAAUUGGGAGCUCAAUCUUAAAACAUUUCAUAUUUUCAUGUUAAAGUUUAUAUAUUAUUCACAGAUUAUAUUUCUCCCUUAUCUGUGGGGUUUUCAGUUUGAUGCUAAAACGUUAUUCCCGCUCUGAUUUUGUAGGAAAAUGUUAACAUUCUAGGUGAAAGCAGAUAAAUGUUUAAGGGUUUAGAAAAAAUUUUAAACAUCUUUAAGGCAGCAUAUACUAUUCUGUUUCUAUUACAGGGUUAUAUUUGUAUGGUUCUAGUUUAAUUGUAAUGAAUUGUCCUUAAAUGAUAUGAAUUUACAUUAA